GCCGAACCCAACAGGAAUUCAUGUCAUCGCACUUGCAUGUCGUAUAUUUAGUAAAUUCUCCAUAUUGGAAACGAUUAAAUACAUAUAAACGUUAAAAUGCCCUUGUUUGAAGGGUUGGGGAGUGGAGGGGAGAAAACUGCAGUAGUCAUUGAUUUAGGAGCAGCCUACACAAAAUGUGGCUUUGCUGGAGAGACGGGGCCCAGGUUCAUAAUUCCCAGCGAGAUCCAGAAGCCUGGACAACAACAGUCUAUCAAAGUAGUUCAGUACAACAUCAACACAGAGGAGCUCUACUCCAACCUCAAGGAGUUCAUCCACAUGCUCUACUUCAGGCAUCUGCUGGUCAACCCUCGUGACCGGAGAGUGGUGAUCAUCGAGUCAAUCCUCUGCCCCUCUCACUUCAGAGAAACUCUCACCAAGGUCUUCUUCAAACAGUUUGAGGUGCCCUCGGUGCUGUUUGCCCCCAGCCACCUUAUGGCCAUAAUGUCUCUGGGCAUCAACUCAGGCCUGGUGAUGGACUGUGGCUACACGGAGACACUGGUGCUGCCUGUGUAUGAGUGCAUCCCCAUCCUGCCAGCCUGGGAAGCUCUGCCUUUGGGUGGAAAGGCCAUUCAUAAGGAGUUGGAUGGGCUCCUGGUGGAACAGUGUACAGUAGACUCAGACUCCAGUACUGGACAGAGUCUGCCUACAGUCAUUGGCGCCAUCCCAGAGGAGGUUGUAGAGGAUAUCAAAGUCAGGACCUGUUUCAUCAGUGACCUACAGAGAGGCCUGAAGAUCCAGGAGGCCAAGUUUAACCUGGGUGGCACGGCUGAGCGUCCAACACCACCCCCUGAUGUUGAUUACCCAUUGGAUGGGGAGAAGAUUCUGCAUAUUAAGGGACCAAUCAGGGACUCUGUGAUGGAGAUGCUGUUCGAGCAGGACAACGAGGAGAAGAGUGUGGCCUCUCUGGUGCUUGACGCUCUGGUCAAGUGUCCCAUCGACACUCGUAAGGCUCUGUCUGAGAACCUGGUGAUCAGGGGCACGGCCAUGCUGCCUGGCUUCCUGCACCGGCUCCUGGCUGAGAUACGCCUCCUGGUGGAGAAACCCAAGUACCGCGACGCCCUGGCCACCAAGAGCUUCAGGCUGCACAGUCCUCCAGCCAAACCCAACUGCACCGCAUGGCUUGGAGGAGCAAUCUUUGGAGCACUGCAGGACAUCCUGGGUAGCCGCUCCGUGUCCCGUGACUACUACAACCAGACAGGCCGUAUCCCUGACUGGUGCUGUCUCAGCUCCCCACCCCCAGAAUCAGUAUAUGAUGCAGGGAAGACCCCACCACCGCUCAUGAAGAGAGCCUUCUCCACUGAGAAAUAAAGUGCCAGAUCAGACAGUGUCUACUUCUAGUCUGCAUCUGCUAUCUAUGUCAUCCUAUACCCUAAAUAGUGCACUACUUUGGGCCCUGGUCC